GGCAAUUAUUAUUAUUAUUAGUCUUUGAUCUUACUUUUGUAUUCCGUUUGUUCGCCGUAAAUCAUAAUCAUUUCGAUUUAUUUUUAUCCCUACGUUUCUAUAGUACAAGUACAACAAAAUUCAUUUCAAUAUAUAUCAACGAAUGAAUAUUGUUGUCACGCUUGCUAUUAUUAAAUUGUGAUAUUCCGUUUGGCGCGUUUUAUCCGCAUGUGGUAAACAUAUUCGUCUGCAAUACCUGUUGACCGUCCGCGUUUACUGAACACGAAGGGCGAUCAUGUCCGACUCCUCCGAGUCUGCGUUCAGUUUCCUGUCCAACUGGAAGUUCGGCUUGGCCGUCUGCGUACCAUGUUUUGCCGUAGGUCUAGGCGUUACGUAUUAUUAUUACUCAAAAAAACCGGACGAGAGUCGACCUGUUAACACUUCAGCAGCAGCCGAUCGGAGUGUAGUCAUCAAUAUUGAUGACAGCAAUGGGGUUGUUCAAAAAACAGCUAAUACCAAUGGGAUUGAUCGGAAUGUGGCUCCCCCUAAGUCUUUAGUGGAACAAGUAGAAGACUUUAAAAAACAAGGAAACAACGAAUUCUCUAAAGGAAACUAUGAUGGUGCCAUUAUGUUUUAUACACAAGCUUUGUCAAUGUGUCCAGGAUCAGAAAAAGGAUUGUUAUCUGUUGUAUUUCAAAAUCGAGCAGCCGCGUACAGUAAAUUGAAUGAUCAUGAAAAUUGUGUGGCUGAUUGUAAUAAAGCAUUAAACUUAGUACCUACAUACAAAAAGGCACUAUCCCGUAGAGCAAGAGCGCUUACAGAAAUGGGAAAUUUUAAACUUGCUUUAGAAGAUAUUACAGCUGUAGUUAUGUUGGAUGAAUUUAAAAAUCAAACUGAUGUCAUUUUUGCUGACAGUGUGAUAAAAAAAUUAGGUAGGCAAAAUUUAGAAGAGUAUACAAAAAAUAAUUCAUUCAAUUUACCUACAAAAACAUUCAUCGAUAAUUAUCUGAAGUCAUUUUGUGAUGAUCCAUUUAAUGAUGAAUUUCCACAAACAUUAGUGAAAUCAGAUGUAAACACGGGUUUGGAGUUGGCAUUGAAAUGUAUUAGAGAUAAACAGUAUGAAGGAAUUGAAGAAGCUUGUAAAGAAGAAUUGAAUAAGACCGACAAUAGCUUAAUUCGUAGAGCUUUGACGUUAAAUCUACUUGCUACAUUUUCCAUACUUCGUGGUAAUUAUGCAUAUGGAAUUGAACAUCUUAGCACUGUCAUAGAAACACCUGGAGUUCCAAACAAGUUGGUGGUUAAUUCUUUAAUAAAACGAGCUGCCGUUCACCAUCAACAAGAGCAAGUAGAAAAAUCAUUUGAAGAUUUAAAAAAAGCAGAAAAUAUUAGUCCUAAUAAUUCUGAAGUUUUCCAUCAUAGAGCUCAAAUUUAUUUACUUGAAAUGAAUAGCGAAAAGGCAGUUGAAGAAUUUAAAAGAGCAGUUGAAUUGAAUCCUAAGUUUGUGUUAUCAAGUGUUCAAUGCUGUUAUGCUCAAUAUCUUCAUGCAAAACAAAUGUCUAAUGAGUUGGAUGCUGAAAAAUACUUGAGAAAAUUAAAAGAAUUUGUUAUCAAACAUCCAGAUCACGCAGAAAGUUAUACACUAUAUGCACAAGCUUUAUCAGAAAAAGGAGCCUAUGAAGAAGCUGAUUCAUUAUUUAAAAAAGUUCAUGAAAUUUAUCCAGAUAAUGCUACUUUCUUAGUACACAGAGCUCUAGUUGUAUUAUCAUGGAAAAGUUCAAUAAAUGAAGCUUUUGAGUUCCUUGAACAAGCAUUAAAAAUUGAUCCUAAAUGUGAUUAUGCGUAUGAAACACUGGGGACACUUUAUAUUCAAACAGGAAAAUUAAAUGAAGCUGUGAAGUGUUUAGAAAAAGCUAUACACCUGGCUAAAUCAGAAAAGGAAUUGCUACACAUAUUUUCAUUGAGAGAUUCAGCGCGGGCACAAUUAGGAGUAGUCGAGCGUUUAGGCCUAAUACUUCAACAGUAAAUUAUUUUGCUCUCCUCAUUCAUAACCUUUACAAUUUUAGUUUUACUUGAUUUUCAACUUUUAUAUGUUUGAAAAUAUUAGAAUAGUUGUAAUUUUGCAAGUAGAUAAUUUUAUUUAAUAAAUAAUUAUCUAUUAUUGUUUUAAUUUUCUCUUUAUAGUAGUUACGUUUAUGAUUUUAUGCAUAAUUUGUAUACCUAAGUUUGGGUCCACUUAAAAUUAUUUUAUUUAUUAUUUUUUUAAAUUAAAACUGACCAUUAAUUAAUUACAUACAGAAUUUAUAAUUUAUUUUACCUUUAUAUCAGAGGCAUUUGAAUCAUCACUGUUUCUAGGAACAUCAGCUUUUAACAUACAAUUAUGUGCAGUGCAUACACAUGAGGAGAGGGGUCUGGAUUCAAACCCACCCCAAGGCCAAUAAAAAAAAAAAAAGAAUAUUGUUUUAUUUUGAUUAUGCGUAAUAUAUUCAGUUUCAUUAUUAAGUUUUGAAUUUCAAAUAUACAACUAUAUCAAUAAUGAUAAUUAAAUAAUAUUAUUGAUAGGUGUUUGAA